CCAAAAUGAAAACCUUCCUUAGAGCUUUUGUUUCUGUUUGACAGGCAUCAUUGGCGUUACUGAAAAGUCAUUUCCAGUGAAUAUAAAUAUUCACUAUCUUGGACACCCUGGAACGACAAUGCAACAUAUUUCUCCAAAUGGUUGGGAGUCCAACCAUCCAUGUGUGUCCAUAGUGAGAAAUAGAAGGACUUUGCAGUCGCUGCCCUUCUAUAAUAUUAUGCUAUGGCUCCUUUUGGGAGUAUUGACGUUCCCUUGCUGCGUCCACUGCUUAAUAUUCAAGGUGGGGGUCUUGGGGCCUUGGAACUGCGACCCUGUUUACUACAGGGCCCUUCCUACAGUGGCAGCCAGGCUUGCUAUAAGCAGGAUCAACAGAGACCCAAAUCUGGAUCUAGGUCUGAACAUGGACUUCAUCGUUCUCCAGGAGCCUUGCGAAACCUCCAAAGCGCUCACGUCUUACAUUUACUAUGACAAAUCAGCGACUGCGCUUGUUGGCCCCACCAACCCUGGAUACUGUGUUGCGGCUUCUCUUCUGGCCAAGAGCUGGGACAAGGCGCUGUUUUCCUUCAGCUGCCUUUCCUACGAGCUGGACCGCCUCACGGCUUAUCCAACGUUUGCAAGGACCGUGCCGUUCCCUGCCGAUGUGCUGUUCACUGUGUUCAAGCACUACAGAUGGGCCACCUCUGUGGUAAUCUCAUCCAACGACGAGAUCUGGAUUGACACAGCUGGGAGAGUGGCUUCUGCUCUGAGGAUGAAGGGGCUUCCUGUUGGGUUUGUUGCAGCCAUGGGGAUGAAUGACACAGAGAUGGAGACUACACUGAGGAAAAUCCUAAGCACAGGAGAAGUAAGGGUUAUCAUCAUGUGCAUGCACUCCAUUUUGGUUGGAGGGGAGCAGCAGGCCCAGUUUCUUCUCAAGGCGAAGCAGCUGGGUAUGACUUCGGGGAAGUACGUCUUUGUGCCCUACGACACGCUCCACUACAGCGUCCCCUACACCAACGUCUCCCACUUUGCACUGAAAAACAACAGCAGCCUGAGGGAGGCCUAUGAUGCUGUGCUGACCAUCACCAUGGCAUCUGAGCUUUCAUCCUUUAACGAAGCAUUCGAUGCAGCAAGAAGGAGCGGAGAGAUUACGCUGCCGGUGCAGCCAGAGCAGGUCAACCCACUCUUUGGAACCAUCUACAACAGCAUAUAUCUGAUGGCCAAGUCCAUUCACAAUGCUAGGAAAGCUGGCAUGACUCUGUCGGGCUCCAACGUCGCCUACUAUACCAAGAACACAAACUUUGACGGCUUCAACCAGAAGUUGGAGGUGGACGGCAGGGGUGAGGUGAAGACCAACUAUGUCAUCCUGGAUUCAGACAGCAAAGGGGGUCAGCUGUAUCAAGCCUACAUGGUGGAUCUCAAGUCUGGAGUGCUUCGUUUUGCAGGGAGAUCCAUUCAUUUUCCAGGAGGAUCUCCUCCUGUGGCAGAUUCUAGCUGCUGGUUUGAGGAGAAUGCCGUCUGCACCGGAGGAGUGGAGGUGACUUACAUCAUAAUUGUGCUGGCUGUCAUCCUCAGUAUGACUGUAGCAGGAUUUUUCAUAGGUCUUUAUAUCAGGAGGAGACUCCAGCAAAUCCAGCUAGUCAAGGGUCCCAACAGGAUCCUUCUGACCUUAGAGGAUUUAACUUUCAUCAACCCCCAGUUGAGCAAAAAGAAAAUCACGUUGGAGGACCUGAGUGAAUCCAAGAGCGCCCUGGAUGAAAAGUCUGCAGACCCCUCGCACUCCAUGAACAGCAUGCAGACCGCAACUCACGAGAACUCCAACGUUGCUGUGUAUGAGGGUGACUGGGUUUGGCUGAAGAAAUUUGAGGAAGGCCAAUUCAAGGAGGUGAAGCAAAGCACCACGAAGAUCUUUACAAAGAUGAAGGACCUGAGGAACGAGAACGUAAACCCGUUCCUGGGCUUCUUCUCGGACUGCUCCAUGUUUGCAGUGGUGACGGAGCACUGCUCCAGAGGCAGUCUGCAGGACCUCCUCAGGAAUGAGGAUGUGAAGUUAGACUGGAUGUUCAAAUCCUCACUUCUGCUUGAUCUCAUCAAGGGCAUGAAGUAUCUUCACCACAGAGACUUUCCCCAUGGUAGAUUAAAAUCUAGAAACUGUAUAGUGGAUGGACGAUUCGUCCUGAAGAUUACAGACUAUGGUUUCAAUGAACUCCUUGAAUCUCAAAAAGCUUCUGUGGAAGAACCCCCACCUGAAGAGUUGUACUGGACAGCUCCUGAGCUCCUGCGGGAUCUAACACAUUUUCAUAAAGGGACUUACAAAGGAGAUGUGUAUAGUUUUUCUAUUAUCCUUCAAGAAGUGGUGGUGAGGGGGCCGCCAUACUGCAUGCUGGGUCUAUCUCCUGAAGAGAUAAUCCGUAAGGUGAAAAAGCCUCCUCCGAUGUGCCGCCCCACGGUGGCCCCAGACCAGGCUCCACUGGAAUGCAUCCAGCUCAUGAAGCAGUGCUGGAGUGAGCAGCCUGAUCGCAGACCCACCUUUGAGGAGAUCUUUGACAGGUUCAAGAUCAUCAACAAGGGCAAGAAGACCAAUAUCAUUGAUUCAAUGCUGAGGAUGCUGGAGCAGUACAGCUCUAAUCUGGAAGAUCUCAUCCGAGAGCGGACAGAGGAGCUGGAGGUAGAGAAGCAAAGAACAGAGAAGCUGUUGUCUGAGAUGCUUCCACCUUCUGUAGCUGAAGCACUGAAGACAGGCGCCACAGUAGAACCAGAGUACUUCGACCAGGUGACCAUCUACUUCAGUGACAUUGUGGGCUUCACCACCAUCUCCUCUCUCAGCGAUCCCAUCGAGGUGGUCGAUCUUCUCAAUGACCUGUACACACUGUUUGACGCCGUGCUCUCUAACCACGACGUCUACAAGGUGGAGACAAUUGGUGAUGCUUACAUGGUAGCAUCAGGCCUGCCAAAGCGAAAUGGAAACAAGCACGCUGCUGAAAUCGCCAACAUGUCCCUGAACAUCCUCAGCUCAGUGGGUUCCUUCCAUAUGCGUCACAUGCCGGAUGUUCCAGUCAGGAUACGGAUAGGAAUUCACUCAGGUCCCUGUGUUGCAGGGGUCGUAGGUCUGACCAUGCCUCGGUACUGCCUUUUUGGAGACACCGUCAACACUGCCUCUCGUAUGGAAUCUACUGGGCUGCCUUAUAGAAUUCACGUAAAUAUGAGCACCGUGAAGAUCCUCCGUUCUCUUAAUGAUGGUUAUAAAAUUGAUGUCCGAGGCAAGACAGAGUUGAAGGGUAAAGGUAUUGAAGAAACUUACUGGCUAGUGGGUAAAACCAACUUUGCAAAACCUUUGCCAAAACCACCAGAAAUCAAACCAGGGGACAACUGGCAAGAAAUGGUGACAGAGGAAAUCAAGACUCUUUUCCGCAAGGCCAACAGACCAGUGAACAAAAAGUUCUGAAAACAAGGAGAAAAGACAUGACUUCUACUAUUGAGGAGACAAAGACGUAUCAGGACGAGGAUGGAUCUGGAAACGAAACGGUUCGAAAAGCUGAAGAGGCAGGCAGAGGACAGAGAGCGCCACCCCGUCUCUCCGUGUGGCUUAACGCAGACU